GGCCGGGUUUUGGGGGUUGAUUCCGGCUCCAAUCCAGGGAAUCCAGGCCGGGAUUUGUGGGAGCCCGGCCGGUUCCGGGGGUCGAUCCGGCCCCGAUCCGGCGGAUCCAGGCCGGGUUUUGGGGGUCCCGGUCCCGGUUCGGCCCGGCCAUGGCGGCCGAAAAACCCGGAGGGCCGGACGGGGCUCCCCACUCCUCCCCUCCCCCCUACGGCCCCCCGGCCCCUCCCCCCGGCCCCAUUUUGGGGGGUGGGGGGGCCUCCACCCUGCCACGGGGUUUCCCGGGGGCCGCCACCCUGCCCAGGGGCUGGGGGGGUGGGGGAGGGGCGGCGGCCACGCUGCCGCGGGGGCUGGCGGGGGGAGGGGCGGGGGGCGGGGGAGGGGGUGGGGGAGGGGCGUUCCACGCGGCCACGCUGCCCCGGCCCCCCCCCCCACCGCCACCCCCACGCCCCUCCCCCCCCGCCCAGCCCUAUGGGGGAGGGGGGGCCGGCCCCUCCCCCACCCCCCCCGCCCCCCUGGGGUUCGGCGCCCCUCCCCCCCCGCCCCCCUUCGCGCUGCAGGUGCCGCCGCCAGCGGGGGGCGCCGCGUACCUGCCGCUGUACCCGGGGGGCACGACCUUCGGCGCCGCCCCCCCCGGGCCUUUGCCCGGCUCGGUGGGGGGGGCCGGGGGGGCUCCUUUGGGACCCCCGCUGGGGUUGGGGGGCGCGGAGGGGCCCCCCCGGGGGUCGCCCCCCCACGAUUACCUGCCCAUCGCCGUGCUGACCACCCUCUGCUGCUUCUGGCCCACCGGCGUGGUGGCCAUCGUCAAGGCCGUGCAGGUGCGCACGGCCGUGGCCCGCGGGGACAUCGUGUCGGCCGAGAUCGCCUCGAGGGAGGCGCGGAAUUUCUCCUUCAUCAGCCUGGCCGUGGGCAUCGCCGCCACCGUGCUCUGCACCAUCCUCACCGUCGUCAUCAUCAUCGCCGCGCAGCACCAGGACAACGACUGGGACCCCUGACAAACCCCCCGAAAAAAGUAAAACCCACCCAAAAAAACCCACAAAAAAAACAAAAAAAAAGAAACCAGAAAAAUCUCCAAAAAAAAAAAAGCAAACCCAAAAAAAA